AUGCUCAGCGCAGAGGACGCCGCAAGAUCAGGGGGUGGAGGUCGUAACGUCACCGCCAGCGCCAGGGGAGGAGGAAAGGGAGGCGGCGCGGCGGGUGUCGGUCAGAGCCAGGCAUGCGGAAGUCGCGGCGCAACUGACGGCGGGCCUGACGGCGACGAGUCGGAAUGGAGUGCGGCGCUAAUGGAUCCUAGCCGGAGCGAUCGGCGCAGCAGCACUGGCGACAGGCGGCGGUCGUCGCGGCUGUCGGCGAGCUCGAGGCGCCGGAACGCCAUGGAGUACUCGGAACUUGACGCCAUUCGUGAAAGGCUGCUCCAUGCCACUCAGCUAUGGGCCAUCACCGUCGCUGACAGCUCAACGGAUGGCGCUGAUUCUGAUGCUGCUGCUGCUCUUGCUGCCGCUGAGACUGCUGUUGCUGUUACUGGUGCUGCUGUUGCUACUAGGAGUGCAGCUUCUGGUACUCCUGCUGUUACUGCCACUUCUUGUAGGUCCAUGUCCCGCUCUUUGAGUGCAGCAGGCUUUGCGGGGAUGACUGUGUCAGAAGCGACUGCUUCUGCAGCAAUGCUCGCGGCAAGGGGAGCUGCGCCAGGCAAAGCAGCUGGUGCUAGCACGAACCUGACGCUUACUCUGCCUGGUGCUAGCUCUUCACAAGCAACGGGAGCGUCAGGGAUUCCGGAUUCCACUACCCCAACUGGUCCCACUUUCACGUUCGGGCCUACUGAUGCAGAUGAUGUGUCGCCCACAUCUGCUGCUGCUCCCUCAGACACAUCCUCUUCAUCCUUGUCUGCAUCUGCUCACGGGCUCACGUGCUCCGGCAGUUCACCGCCGCAUGUUGCCGAGUCGCCCUUUUCCCGCAUUUCCACGUUUCUCAUGCGGCGAUUCGUGUCCCCGUUCCCGAUUCUGGGCCUGCCUGUGCUGUCCCUAGACCUAUCUCUGCGUCUGCGCGUGCGUGCACAAAACCCCAACUACAUGCCCGUUUCCUACUCCGCUGCCACCGUCGCCAUCUAUUACGACGGCACUAAGAUAGGCGAGAGUAACAUGGGAGCGGGGCAGUUCAUGCCUCGGGACAACAAGGUCAUGGAGCUAUCUGCCACCAUGAGUGCACUGGAGCUAGCAGCAGCCAAUGCGCGGCGGCUGCUGAGCGACAUGGUGAACCGCAGUGUCACAGUGGAGGCUGUCACCUCUUUCCCGGCCGUUGCCCAUGGGCUUUGUGACUCCCUGCACCCCCGCCUUCUGGUGGAGCUUAGGAACGAGGUGACGUUCGACCCGCUCACUCUGGGCGUUCAAGAGAGCGAUUCCUUUUCUGCUAUGCAGCUGCUGCAACCUAUCACUCACCCCAUGCACGCUGAUUCCGUUUCAGCGCCUUCCAUUCCGUCCCCCAUGGAGCCCGCGCUUCUCUCCGCCAUCUCCGCCAUUCACGCCGCGCCAGCGCGCGCCGUGCUUGCCGUCACGGGAGGCGCGUCGCAGGCGGUGGGAUGGCUAGUAGCGGUUCCCGGCGCGUCGCAGACGGUCUUGGAGGCUGUGCUGCCGUACUCGCAGCGCGCGUUCGACCAAUACGUGGACGCCACGUGGCACGCGCAGGCGCAGCAAUAUGUGAGCAGAGCAGCAGCACAGCAGCUCGCCUUCGCUUCUUACAAUCGAGCUCUCUCCCUUGCUCCCAUCGCACAGCCGGUGGUGGGGGUGGGUUGCACGUGUGCGCUGGUGUCCAGUGCUCCAAAGAGAGGCGCACACAGGUGUCACAUAGCAGCGCGCUCGCAAGGCAUGCUGUGGGAGUACUCUCUGCUGCUCUCCAAGGAGGCCCUGCGGUCCCGGCAGCAAGAGGAUGACAUGGCCAGUCGCCUCCUGAUCCGCGUGCUAGCAGCGAGUAUGGGGCUACCAGCAGUGGCGGGGGGCGUGGCGGUGGGGGAGGGGCGGGGGGACGGCGUGGAGGAGGCAGCAGCAGUGGUGGGGCAGGGGGAGCAGAUACAGGAGGUGCUGGAUGGCCGAGUGGCCUAUGCUGUCUUUGCCGCCCCUACCUGGGCGAGCAGGUGGGGAGCAGCAGGGGAGGGGCGCAGAGUGGUGCUGUGCGGUUCCUUCAACCCACUGCACCAAGGACACACUGACCUCAUGGCAGCUGCUCUACUGGAGGUACCAGGCGGAGUCCCAUGCUACGAGAUGGCGGCAUGGAACGCGGACAAGGGAGCCAUUCCCGUGGAGGAGGUGGAGAGGCGAGUCCACCAAUUCACUGCCCAUGGUCACAUGGUGGUGGUAACCCGCCUGCCUCUAUUUGCCAGCAAGGCCUCUCUCUUCCCGCACUCCACCUUUGUGAUUGGAUACGACACUGCUGUUCGCUUGCUCGACGCAAAGUACUACGGCAACAGCCACAGCAGCAUGAUGAAUGUGCUGCACGGUAUUGCCCGCUCCGGAUGUGACUUCCUUGUCGCUGGCAGGCUCGUUGGCUCCACAUUUCAGGUCGCUGCUCGCCAGGCUGCUGCUGCCACCGCCACCGCCGCUAGUGAUGACGCAGGUGCUUCUGAAAGCUCGUGGUAG